GGAGGGAGGAGGAGGCGGCUGAUCCGGGAGUCUGCGAGCGAACGAGUGAGCGAGAGAACUGGAGACUAAAGGAGACCUGCUCACUCACCGCCGCUGUCUCCACUCCGCGCACUUCUCUGGCUGCUUGGCUGAGAGCGAGAGGGGAAACGGGAAGGGAAGAAUGAGGAAGAAGUCGUCCGUGCAGCGCGCCGCGUCCCAUUACCUCAACCACCAACAACAAAUAAUACGGGUUUGCUGAUGAAGCGCCUCUCCGGUCAUUCGAUCAUACAGGUCGCACCGUCGAGCUGAAUGGAAACUAGGAGUAAUCCAACAGUAGACAAGAUCAACAAAUAAUCGAGUAAGAAGAAAAACUGCAGUGCAUGGGAAUCUGGAGUGUUCUGCCUCCUUUUGUGCGUCUUGGUUGGUGGAAACGCCGCCUUGGCCGGCAUAUAAGAGGUCCCUGCGUCUCCAUUAGCCUUCCCUACUGCUGGGCUUACCUCUACUACAACUACUAGCACUCGUACUACUGCUUGUGCUCGCUACUAGAACUGGUAUCAAGCUCGUGGUGCCGCUUCCACCGCGCGGUCCGCUCUCCUCCGAGUAAAAACCAAGGUUCACCAUAAGCAUCACCAUGACUCGCUGGGAUCGCUCCUCCGCUGUGUUCCCCGCCCUGAGACUAACAGUCAUCGUUGUGAUUCUCCUCCUCAAAGUCCAACCCUCUGUGGCUGGAGCGCCCCCUCAGCCCAGCUCGGACGGCUCUGUCUCUGCUGUUUCCACUAAUAAAUCUGAGUGCAGCAAACCAGAGGAGUGCUCCAGAGGGGUGAUCUUGCCAGUUUGGGAGCCCAUAAAUCCUUCAUUCGGUGACAAGGUUGCCCGGGCUACGGUUUACUUUGUAGCCCUUGUCUACAUGUUUCUGGGAGUGUCCAUUAUCGCAGACCGCUUCAUGGCAUCGAUAGAGGUCAUUACAUCCCAAGAGAAAGAAAUCACAAUUAAGAAACCCAAUGGGGAAACUACGACCACCACUGUCCGAAUCUGGAACGAAACUGUGUCAAAUUUAACUCUCAUGGCUCUUGGUUCCUCUGCUCCUGAGAUUCUGCUGUCCGUCAUUGAGAUUAUCGGCCAUGGGUUUGACGCUGGCACUUUAGGACCCUCAACCAUCGUAGGUUCCGCCGCGUUCAAUAUGUUUGUAAUCAUUGGACUUUGCGUCUACGUGGUGCCCGAUGGCGAGACCAGGAAAGUCAAGCAUCUCCGAGUCUUCUUCGUCACGGCAACCUGGAGUAUCUUUGCGUACAUUUGGCUCUACCUGAUCCUGUCGGUGAUCACGCCGGGUGUGGUACAGGUGUGGGAGGGGCUUCUGACCUUCCUCUUCUUCCCCAUCUGUGUGGUCUUUGCUUGGAUAGCUGAUCGGCGUCUGCUCUUCUACAAGUAUGUGUACAAGCGCUACCGGACUGGAAAGCAGCGUGGCAUGAUCAUUGAGACAGAGGGAGACCGACCCCUGCCUUCCAAGGUGGACAUUGAGAUGGAUGGUAAAAUGCUGAACUCACACGCCAUUGACUUCCUGGACGGUCCCCUGGGAUUUGAUAUCGACGAGAAAGAUCUGGAUGAGGAGGAGACCAGGAGGGACAUGGCCAAGAUCUUGAAAGAACUCAAACAGAAGCACCCAGACAAAGAGGUGGAACAACUCAUUGAACUUGCCAACUACCAGGUCCUGAGCCAACAGCAGAAGAGCCGUGCAUUCUACCGUUGCCAGGCGACCAGGCUCAUGACAGGAGCUGGAAAUAUCCUCAAAAAACACGCCGCUGAUCAAGCCCGGAAAGCCGUGAGCAUGCAUGAGGUCCGAUCUGAUGCUGGGGAAAACGACCCAGUCUCCAAGAUCUUUUUCGAACCAGGCUCCUACCAAUGCCUGGAGAACUGCGGCACCGUUGCAGUUAACAUUGUGAGGCGUGGUGGAGAUCUCGGUAAAACCCUUUCAGUGGAGUACCGCACGGAAGAUGGCACCGCGAACGCUGGCUCUGAUUACGAAUUCACUGAAGGCGUGGUCGUGUUCAAGCCUGGCGAAACCAUGAAAGAAGUCCGCGUUGGAAUCAUUGAUGACGAUAUCUUUGAAGAAGAUGAGAACUUCCUGAUUCACCUGUCCAAUGUGAAAGUGCUGACGUCAGAGGGGGAGGAGCCAGAGGAGGGUGAAUCGGCCAAUCACGUCGACUCCGUGGCCUGUAUUGGCUUACCUUCAACAGCUACAGUCACGAUCUUUGAUGACGACCAUGCCGGUAUCUUUACCUUUGAGGAGCCUGUGGUCCAUGUGAGCGAGAGCGUGGGCACCAUGGAAGUCAAGGUGCUGCGUACGUCUGGAGCUCGCGGCGUGGUCAUGCUGCCGUACAAGACGGUAGAAGGAACGGCCAAAGGAGGAGGGGAAGACUUUGAAGACACUCAUGGCGUCCUUGAAUUUCAGAAUGAUGAGAUUUUGAAAAGCAUAACGGUUAGGAUUCUAGACCGGGAGGAGUACAAUAAGCAGUCAUCGUUCUACCUCCUACUUGGAACGCCACUAUGGAGACGCAGAGAGAAGGAACGGACAGAGGAACAACAAAAAGAGGUAGAGGAGGAAGAGGAGGCUCUGACGGGAAAAGACGAAGAGGAGAGGCGCAUCGCAGAGAUGGGCCGGCCCAUGCUGGGGGACCAUGUCAAACUGGAGGUCAUCAUAGAGGAGUCCUAUGAGUUCAAGAACACAGUGGACAAGCUGAUCAAGAAAACCAACCUGGCUUUACUGGUGGGGACCAACAGCUGGAGGGACCAAUUCAUUGAAGCCAUCACUGUUAGUGCCGGUGAGGAUGACGAUGAUGAAGAGUGCGGGGAGGAGAAGCUGCCCUCCUGUUUCGACUAUGUGAUGCAUUUCCUGACUGUGUUCUGGAAGGUUCUGUUCGCCUUCGUCCCUCCCACAGAGUACUGGAAUGGCUGGGCUUGCUUCGUUGUUUCCAUCUGCAUGAUUGGACUCCUCACCGCUGUCAUUGGUGAUUUGGCGUCUCAUUUUGGCUGCACAGUGGGCCUGAAAGACUCUGUGACUGCAGUAGUAUUUGUGGCACUGGGAACCUCAGUACCAGAUACAUUUGCCAGUAAAGUUGCUGCAAUCCAGGACCAGUACGCGGACGCCUCUAUCGGGAACGUGACAGGAUCCAAUGCUGUCAACGUGUUCCUGGGCAUCGGGGUGGCGUGGUCCAUUGCCGCCAUCUACCACAACAGCCAAGGCCGGGACUUCAGGGUGGACCCGGGCACGCUGGCUUUCUCCGUCACGCUCUUCACCAUCUUUGCCUUCGUCUCCGUGUCCGUGCUCAUGUACCGGAGGAGGCCAGAGAUCGGAGGGGAGCUGGGAGGGCCCCGGACUGCCAAGGUCCUGACCAGCAUGCUCUUUGUUAGCUUGUGGCUCCUCUACAUCCUGUUCUCUUCAUUGGAAGCCUACUGCCACAUCCAGGGCUUCUAAACAUGGAGUUCAAUACAAUACAAUACAAAGGUGAGGACUAAGGCAGCAGUAUGGAGCAAAAAGAUAAAUAAUGCGUUGAUAUGAAGUAGAUAUGAAGGCUGCAUUGCUGGUCCCUCCUUAUAUGCUGUGGAAUAAUAGCCAGUUUUGGACUGUGUGUGUAAAUCUUAAGUCGACAGAGAGGAAAAUUUCAAAGACCAGCAACAUCGGAGUUCACACAAAAUGCUCCGCGGAAGGAAUUAACAGUUGUUGAAACCAACCUAACAGAUCAUUGUGACAUUAACUGAGUCGUAUACGCUUCUACCAUACCAGUGCAGUAACUUUACUUUGCACUGUGAGACCAUCGAAGACCACAACAUACUGUUGAAGCCUGAAGUACCGGACAUAUCGCUACAACGUCCAUUGAAAAUAUGUGUGCGUGUGUUGAGUUGCGACUGUGUGUUCAUGUACCAGUGUGUCGUGGUUGAAGAUGGUGAAGUACUGUGAAAAAAAUCUUGUUAUGCUGUGCUGUUUUUGUAUGACGUCUCUCCGACAUAAGCCCCGUCCAGUUCCUGUACAAAGUGCUGAGCGAGGCUUCUGAGCGGAAAGUGCAUUCAAUGAAGUGAACGAAAUGUAAAUAUUCUGAGCUGAAUUGCAUAGCAGCUCGCUCUGAAUGUCUUUGGUUUAUGCUGUGCACUCGGGAACAGGCCCUUAUGGUUUGUUUUAUUCAGUACGUGUAAAUGAUUCAAGGUCAAUCAAGGAAAGGAAUUGUGUGCAUUUACCUUUAAAAAGGCCUGCUUCAACCACAGAAAGCAGGUCAAGCUACCGUCAAAAACUGUUUAAUUCACUCAUAAAUAGCCAUCUUUUCUGCAAUAGAUUUUCAAAACAUGAGUACUGACAUCAGGUUCAGUUGUUGUAUAUACUGCAUAGCUGCUUUAAAUUUAUUCAUUUAGCAGCUUCUUCCUGUAUCUAUGUUUUGGCCACUCCCCAGGCUGGUCUGUGGACCAAUCAGAAAUCUUUAAGGGCUUUGUAAAAAAGAUCUAUGUUAUGACGUUACUCAGAUGGUAGGUCUUAAGAAAUGCUCAAUUGGGAAACACAUCAUCUUUUCAGAAACAGCUGUAGGUGCUGCAGAAGCAGAGGCAAAUAAAAUAAUUUAAAUGACAUAUAAAUGAUAUAUUAAAUAUUAUAUUGAAAAUUUUAAUUGGAUCAGAUUUUAAAAGCUUAAACCCAAAGAAAUCUAUAUUUUGUUACAUCAUAUUUGUUAAAACAAUUAUGGCAGAAAAAAGCUGUUCAUCCUAAACAUUUCAUCCCGUUAAAAUGUUUCGAGCAUUUAUUAUUGAGAUGUUUACACUUGAGACUGUUAACUCAAUCUGCUACUCUUGUGUAGCCUCAAAAUGAUCAUGUAAACUUGUGUAGAUAAACAUUUGUAAAACAGCCUUCGCAGGUGAGAGAAGAUUACCAUCAUCCUCUUAUUUAAUAUAAGAUAUUACAACUGCAAAAUAAAUUGAAUUUGAUUCUCUUUCGGGAAGCCCUGGAUUCAAGAAAAUUGGCAAAUUUAUGUAAUUUCCAUAGGUAAAAACUUUGUAGAGUUUAUUCCCAUAUUGCCAAACCAAAUUGUUGAAUUGAAUCAGUGACAUUACGUGUCACACAUGACAAAGGCCUUUGAGUGGCAGUUUACCCCUGUUUUGCCAAAGGGAACCUUUUUAUCAGCUUUGCAGUCCCGCUUUCAAAGCUUUCGUAAAAUCUCAAGUUUCUUCAUAAAGCAUUCAUAAAAAAAAUCUAAAAUUGAGACUUUUCUAUUCUAUUUGUAUGUCUCUUCACUGGCAUGGAGCUAUGGUUUAUACACUGUUAAAAGGUAGCUUGUGCAACAAUGGUUGUAAUGGGAGUCAAAAUAUAUUGGUAGACUUUAAUUUGUGCCUGCUGUCGAAAUGAUAAGUUGACAUUUUGAGGAAUGACAAUUUCCUAUUAUAAAUGUUUGCAUUACCUUAAGGCUAAGAUUUUUAUUUUAAGAGUGUUAGGUCAAUACUAUGUCCCAAUAUAAAAGCAGUAAGACUAGUCAAACAUGAAAAAAAAAAACCUGGACAAACUAAAUCAGCUGUUUAAUAUCCAUGUCCUGGUUUAGUCUCCUGAAAUCUAGAAUAAUAGGUAGUCUGUAAAUACGUUUAUCUGAAUUCAAAAUAAAGAAGGGGUUGUAUAAUAGAUUUUUUUGGAAAAUGAAGGCAAUGCUCUGCACUGGUCAUACUGCUUUGGGUGUUUCAAGUUUUUUUUUACUCAAAUGUACACAAAACAACGAUGUAAAAAGAAAACUUUGUUGUCAGUUAUGAUGUGUUCAAAUGCCUUCCUGGGCAGUGAACACACCACCAAGUAAAUAGAACUCUAAUGAUGAAACAGGACGGACACUCUUUGGUGACAUUGGUGACAUUUCACUGUUGCUGCAGCCAGUGUCAAUAAACUGAGUUACACAAGCGAAGGAAGAAUUUUAAAAUGGAAGAUUUAAAAAAUACAUGAAGAUACAGCCAUAUGUUGAUUCCUGGGUCAGUGAGACUCAAGCGAACUUCUCCUACCCAGCACGUGUAUUGUUAUGGUGUCUCUCUCUCUCCUCUCUACCCAAUGUGUGUCUUGAGAUUUCUACCUUGCUGCCAAAGUAACAAAUCCGGCAGUUUUGUUUUGCCUGUAACUUCCUCCCUACUUCCUCCUCCCCACAAUCCCCUUUGUCAUGUUUUUCCAUAUUUUGGAAUGUCAAUGUGCUACUUGUUGACACUGUGCAUGAAUGCUAACACGUCUGUAUAUAGUAAUAGAGAAUUGUAUCCCCCCCAUUCCCCUGGUUGUUGACAAAAAAUGGUUCGAAUGUUGUACAGAUUCGAGAUUUUUCUGUUUUGAGUUACAUUUUUAUGUAAGUAGUAGAUUUAAUUUAAAGAAACGUUUUGAAGUAACUUGCACAUUAAUUAUUUUUGGUUAAAAAGGCAAUAUCUGCUGUUAUUGAAUGAGAGAUGAGAUUCUUAAGGAGCUAGUAUGUAUCUUAAAUAAAGUAUAGGGGAUUUGCAUGGGUUGUUUGUACAAAAAAGACACUGCUUGCUACUUCUAAUACCGUGGCUGUAUUCUCUGACAGAAAGAAGAAGACCGUAUGUAUAUCUAAAGGUUAUUUUGUCAUGAAAGAAUAAUAAUAAAACAUAUUGUGUAUAUAAUGUACAGUGUUAUAAGUGAGAUGGGCUGUGUGGCCAUCUAACCAUAGAGAAUUAACUGCAUAUUUAUUUCAAUGAGUUCAAAGCACUCACUACACUCAAGAAUGACAUAUAUUGCCUUUUUGGAGAAGUUGUAGUUUGGCUUAAAAGCUUGUUUCUCUAUCUUGGCCUUUCUCUUUUCCUUGUCAUCAUGCCUAUUCUCAUAACCAAAGUUUUUGUUGCCGACUUAAAGGGAUAGUUGAGAUUAAUAACUGACAUUUUGUGGAUUACUGAAAUACAUAUACGCUGGUUUGAAGAAGCAGACAACAUUUGACCAUUUUACCAUCAGUGAGGUGUUCAUAAGGAAGAUUUGAAUCAGAUUGAGAUCAGAUUUUCGUCAUUAGUACAUUGUGAAAUUAACUGUAAAAUAAAAAUAAAUGUGAGACUAUAUAUGACUGUUUUGGCCUAUAAGCAACAAAGAGAUGUUAUUUUAGACUUUAUGUUUAAAAUAUGCACUUGGAAGAGGAAAACAGUAUAUUAAUUGCAGAAACAUUAUGAAGAUGGUUGAAAACUAAGAGGAAAAACUAAUAUAUUUUUAGCAUCUACUCUACUAUCCAAAAUAUGUUCCAUCAAAGGCCCAUAUGCUGCUUUAUAGCUUACUGGUAAAGGCUCAUUUGUGCUUCUCUAAACCAGUUAUGUAAACUUUUAACAAUGUGUAACCAAUACCUCAACCAAUACAAAACAUCCCUUUAAGUGCAUCUGGCUACAUCAGUAUUGUCUUUAGCACAUCUUGCUAAAUACAUUUUCUCCUGAGCCAUGUGUGAUUCAGUCCUAUAGCAUUUCUUUCCCAUUAUUUUCAACCCUUUCUAUCUCUCCACCUCUCCUCCUCUCUAUGGUCUGUCAUCCGGAGUGCGUGAGACUUUUUCAAUUGACUCCAAGUUAACAAGAUAAUGUUUAAGAAUUGUUUUUGUUCAGACUUUAGCGUGCCUGUGUUAUAAUUUGUUAAUGCCACUAACUGUGACUGCUCUUCAUGGUACAUUCUGAUAAAACAAAAUAAAGUUUGGG